UGUAGAGUGAUGAUGCUGAUCAAAAGAUUAUUUUGUUAUGUGUUAAUAACAGUGUUGGCAAGCUGGACUUUGCUGUUUUUAUGGUGGAAUUUCAGCGGAUCGCCUACCCCACAUUCUGAAUGGACUUGCGAAGGUGAAGGUAGAAACCAAAUGUGCGAAUUCUCGAACUUCUGUGUGAGCCGCUACCAUGGGCCCUUCAUUGUGAGCGAGAACGAGCCGCCCAGCAUCAACCUGAUCAACACAGGCCAGGGCGAAGACAUGUGGUUCAAGCCAAAAAGACUUGCGCGCCACACAGGCGCUCGAUUUAUCAAUGAAACCAUCUUUGUCUAUGGCUUCUACAGCCCAUUCCAUUUCUCGCAUUAUUUAUACAACGGGUUGAUGCCGCUAUACAGCACCAUGAUGGAAAAAGGCGCCACGGCAUCGUCUUGGACAUUCCGAGGCGCAACGUAUUGGAACAAGCACACCAAGUUGGACAUGGACAUCCCAAGCGGCAGCGAUAUAGUGCCUGAUGAUGAAGACGUGCUAACGGAAAAGCAAUUAUCACCACCAUAUAAACCCAUCUGCUUUGCGAAAGCAGUUGUGGGAACCGGCGACCGAUGCUCGCUAUGGUACUGCGACAGGCAAAUCCCGGCAGCACACUACGAAUCAUUUAAAUCUCACAUUUUUAGCCAGCCAUACACUGAUGCCCAAUGUCCAUCCGUCACCUAUAAAAGCGAUGGCAGCACUCGCAUUGGCAUUUUAAAUAGAGGCAAGUCACGGCACAUAACAAACAUUCCAGAACUUAUAGACAAGUUAAAAGCAUUAGACGUAUCGAUAAAAACCAUCGACUUCGACUCUGGCUGCGAUCUCAAAAACACUGCACAUCUGGUCAAAGACCUAGAUGUGCUUAUCGCGCCGUUCGGAAAUGCACUAGGAGCAGGGCUGUUUAUGAAAAACAAUUCAGUUGUAAUAUCGAUCGCAUCGAGAUGGUACAACGAAGAUUGGUUUAAAUGGCCCAUGACCGCUAUUGGCAGGCGCAUAUACAAUUUCGAAUGCAAUGACGCAGCGUGCCAGGAAUACGACAGAAAGUUGCUAGAAAAGCUCUUGGCGGACCACGACGCCGUGCUGAAUGAGGGAGAGAUGCAACAGCUGCUAACACAACAAAACCCUGUAGACGUAUUAUCCAAGUAUAUUCCCGGCAAAGAAUGGGAGAUAAUAGAGCAAUAUCACAAAGACGUGUCUAGACGGAUCAAUGUUGAUGCGUUCAUUCCGUUUUUAAACGAUAUACUAAAAGUCGACGCACGCAACAUUAGUUAUGUCGAAUUGUGCCAUAGUCAACACUGUUGCGACAAUGAUUGUGCCGGCCCAUUAGAAAGGAACGUGUUCGGGACGCAUAGUGCAUGGCUCUCGAAAUGAAUUACUUUAAUAUACUGUUUAUUAACAAUUAUUUUGCGCCAAUACAAAAAUAAAUUUAAGAUCACAAUAUCAGAGCACAGAGCCUGAAAAUUUAU